CGAAAUAAGCACGCGACUCGAGUAUACAAAUACCACGAAAGAUAUGAAUGACACCCAUGUUACACAGUAUGUACUGAAAUGAUAGUUUGUAAUGUCGUAUACGGAGCCACUUUCAUAUUAGAACUCUUGAACUCUUGAACUGUAGUUGCUACAUGUAGUUUAAGCACUUGGGUAGCUAGCUGUGCAGGCUAACUAGAGUCUGAAGUGAAGCUAACGCACAGAGGACAUGAACAUGGCUUAUGCGCAGAUACUGAGAGCUCUGCACCGAAAUCUACAACAGAAAGCUUCAGGGUACUCCAUGCAGAGAUGCCUGCUUAUCCACACACAGGGGACGGCGUCCGCAGGAUCCAGACUGACCUUCCAGAGGACAGGGGAGGCUCCUGGGUCUGUCGUCCCGGCGCUCAGCUGCUUCCUUCAGGUGCAGAGACGACGGGGUUUCUCGCUCGACUCCACAGUGAGAAAUAAAAGUAGCCCCGAGGAAAGAGGAAAAUCAGUUUCCAGGUAUCAGAGUGGGAGCCCAAAGCCCUCAGCUGGACAAAAAGUGAAAGAUGCUGGCAGAGACUUUACCUACCUGAUAAUUGUACUCAUCGGGCUCGGAGUGACAGGUGGGCUGCUGUAUGUGGUGUUUCAGGAGCUUUUUUCUUCAACAAGUCCAAAUAAAAUCUACGGGAAAGCCUACAACAAAGUCAGGUUGGAUCCAGAGGUGAUUGGCGCAUUUGGGGAGCCAAUCAAGUGUUAUGGGGAGACCACCCGUCGAGGAAGGAGGCAACAAGUCAGUCACUUUGAGUACCUGAAGGAUGGACGGAAGUACAUGCAGCUGAAGUUUUACAUCGAAGGCUCUGAGCCAGGUCUCAAGGGAACUGUACACUCGGAGUCAAAAGAGGAUCCUGAAACUGGAAAAUAUGAGUUCCGUUACAUCGUUGUGGAAGUAGACACUUACCCAAGAAGAACCAUCAUUGUGGAAGAUAACCGUAAAAGCACAUAAAUGACUCAGAAGUGUCACGCUACUGAAAAAGCAAUUUCGUUCCUAAAUUUCAGGGAUUUUAUGGACUAAGCCAAAGUUUAUGUUGAACUUCAGUUGAUUACUUAAUGUUAUGUUAAACAUAAGCAGUUUUGACUGAUUCAAACUUUGCAAAGCCAACAUACUGGUCAUAAAUUGGUGAAGAGCUCUGCAAAGCACAGCCUCUCUUACUAUAAAUUAUCACGUAUUCUUAUACUAAAUGGUUAAUAAAUCAUACACGUGACACUAAAGGAUGACUUGAGUUUUAAAUGAUUUUUAACAUGAAAGCUAUUUAAUUGGAUUUAAAAUAUCCAUGAUAUGCAUGGAACCCGAUGGAGCCAAGCAUUUUCUUUAAAUACACUAUCAGUGUUGUCUUAUCUCAGUGAAUGUUGGGUUAAACUAUGAAACCCUUUGGAUUGGAUGCAUGGUUUCAAUUGGGUGUUUGGUAUUUCAAUAAAAUUAAUAAACUUUG